AUGUCUGCCCCUUCUUUUGCCAGCUACAUUGUCAAGCGCCCGCUGCUUAAGCGCUGGAUGCAGCCCCUUGCCAACUGGUACACCGACGCCGCCGGCUACAGGAAACUCGGACUCAAGUUCGACGACCUCAUUCCCGAGGAGAGCGUGAACGUCCAGAAGGCCAUCAAGCGUCUUCCUUCCAAGGAGGCCUAUGACCGUGUCUUCCGUAUCCGCCGUGCCUUCCAGUGCUCCAUCUCCCACACUCUUCUCCCCGCCAAUGAGCAGACCAAGCCCGAGGAGGACGUCGAGUACCUGAGCCCCAUCAUUCGCGAGAUCGAGAAGGAGGUCAAGGAGCGUGAGGACCUCGACAACCUUGUUGUCCGCAAGUAA